AUUCUAAUGGCUACUAUAUUCCAGGUAAUUAGUCUUUAGUCCAGUACAAGAAGCAAUUAGUCCAGUAUAUACUGUACAGGAAGCAGUUGACUGCUUCAAAUGAUUAACUAGUUUUAUUCCAUAUUUAUUUAGGCAAAUAUUUAAAUGGCAUUUUUUUACAAGGCCUUUUCAAGCGGCCUCAACUUGCCUCCAUUGUUUAUCCAACACAACAAAAUAAUUUGUUCUGCUUGUUCAUCUUCAUUGGGCUGCUUGCCAAGGACCCAGUCAUUGCGACUAUUUCGUGCUGUCCCUGCUGUUAAUUCUCCUGCCUCGAGUCACAAAUUGUCACCCCAAGAGGCCAAUGUAAUUCUGCGCCACAAUGAGCACAGCAUCCAGAUUGGUGAUGAUCCCAGCAAUGUUCGCACCACAACCACUGAAGUGACUCCUCCUCCACUCUUUUCUAUCAGUUCAGUGGACUCGAAUCAACUUGCUGCCAAUGUCCCCAUUGAAGAUAAAAUGUGCGCGGCAAGGUGCCUUCACACCACUGGAUUUUUGUUUGGUGUGUUCGAUGGACACGGUGGUCCCGAGUGCAGUCAAGUGGUGGCCAAGAGACUCUUCGAGUACGUGGCCGCGGCGCUGCUGCCUUUGCCCCGCCUUAACAGCAUCCUUAAGCAAUGGAGCAACGGCGAAGACGUCCAGCUCAUACAGGUGUACCACGACAAGUCUUCGUUUGUUCCCGAGCUGGCGGCGCUGUACCAGACAUCGCUGGUGCGGUGGUGUCAGCAGCUCUCCGUCGAAGGCGGGCGUCAUGCGUUCAGUAUGCAGCAGGCGCUCGUAGGGGCGUUCGAGCGUCUCGAUAGCGACUUGGGCGAAGAGGUUCAGCGCGCGCAUCUCACCAGCCCAGAGACCCAAGAAGCCCUGAUCCGAGUGGCCGUGUCGGGUAGCGUGGCGUGCGUGACUCACAUCGAUGGACAACACGUGCACGUGGCGAGUGUUGGCGACUGCGGCGCUCUGUUGGGACGCGACCGUGACAGCGGCCAGGGGACUGGGUCCUGGUCCCUUCAUAAGCUCACUACCAACCAUGACUGGGAGAACCCUGAUGAAGUCAAGCGUGUUUUGGACGAGCAUCCUCGGUCUGAAGCGCCAAACAUCGUGAAAAACCAGCGACUCCUUGGCGCACUUAUGCCUUUCAGAGCUUUUGGUGAUUUCCGAUUCAAGUGGACACAGCAGGAACAGCAGGACAUUCUUGGAAUAAAGCCUAACCGAGAUAGCUUCAUGAAGUUCUGUUUAACGCCACCAUACCUCACAGCCAAGCCUGACGUAGUGUACUAUCGUCUAAAGCCUUACGACCGCUUCAUGAUUAUUGGGUCAGAUGGUUUAUGGGAAAGCUUAAGCGGGUUAGAUGCCGUAACACUUGUCGGCGAGUACAUGUGUGGUCGCCAAACCCUGGCCCCCGUCCAGCUCCCUGCCCGCCCCAUCACUCUUGGUGAAAUCGCCCAGAUCUUAAACCAGCGACAAGAAGGCUUGCGCCUCAAGCCUGUAGACACAAACGCCGCUACGCACCUCAUCAGACACAGCGUGGGCGCCAGCGAGUCAGGCUUGGACCACGGCACCCUUGCACAUGCCCUCACUCUCGCCCCUGAAGUACGGCGAUAUUUCAGGGAUGAUAUAAGCGUACAUAUUAUUUUCUUUGAUCAGGAAUAUCUCAGAUUUUGUCCUCUUGACACAUAAUUAUGUUCAAGCCAUAUAGUGCAUGUAAAUAGUAACUUAUUUGUGUAUAUAUUCGCUGAUAAAUGUUCUUGAUAGUUAUGAACAAUAAAAGAAUUCUCAACACA